UGUUGGUUGACAUUUGACAUUGACGUCUAGAAGUAAAUUCAACUAAAUUCUAUUCGACUCCUGUGUUAUUGUUCUCUUUUCUGACAAAAAUACAUUGAAAACAUGGUCAAAAUAGCUCUGCAAAUCAAAGCGACCUUAGAAUGCAUCGAAAAACUAUAUACGAAUCAUCCUUACUAUCAAUGGUUCUUAAAACUGAAGUGUGGAAGUUGCGGGGAAGUGACCGAGAAGUUCCACGACCUUACGGAGGCCGAGAAGAUACCGCAGAAGCAUAACAGAUCGGAAACUAAUUUAUUAAUAAAGUGUAAACUAUGCUCCAGGGAGAAUAGCAUGGAUGUUAUUGAAGGCAGCAAUGGUCAGCUCACAAACCAAGAUGAGGGCAAGUUUAAAACUAUAGUCAUAUUUGACUGCCGUGGUGUAGAGCCAGUGGACUUCCAACCCAAGUCUGGAUGGGUGGCAGUGGCCGAAGAUGAUGGAAAAACAUUUGAAGAUGUGGACCUGACAGAAAAAGAAUGGGUGGACUAUGAUGAGAAAAACCAAACUUCAGUUGGUGUUUAUGAACUGGAAUGGCAGUUUGUGAAAGUCAAGUAAAGAAGAAUUAGAACCUAAUUGUUAUGUUAAAUUAUAAGAGAUAUAUGUAUUUUAAAAUGCUGUGCAAGUUGGCGAAGCGCUCCUCGUAUUUCAUCAAUGUGUGGUAACUUUUUAAUAAAUAGCUAAGUAAUGUACUGUCGAGAUAUGUCUACCACAAAAACCGCGCGACGAGUUUCUCCGAGUAUAUCUCUUACAUAAACUAAAAAUGCAUUUAACAAAUGUAACAGUUAUAUGAGUGAGCUGCAAUACUAAUUUAAUUAUUAUGAGAUAUUACUGUAGAGUACUUUUUUGUAUUUUGAAAUUAAAUGUUUUAAUACUC